UUUGUACACAGGCGACUGUUCGCGCGAGUCAUCGGCAGGAUGAUCAAAAUAUCGGCGCUCAACGAGGAGUCGAGUGAGGAGAGCGAGGAAGAGGAUGUACCCACGAUCACGAAGGAGGCGCAGGAGCAAAUAGCCCUGACAGAGUACAACAGAGCUCUCGAACUGUUGAAAGAGGAUAAACGGGAGGAGGCACUAGCUGUCUUUAAGGAUCUCUUGGACACUGAGUUAUUGGACGAGGUGGAGAAGCCUGAAGUUCCAGAUGGCAGGUCCAGACCAAUGCUGUCUCUAAAAUAUUCUUGCUACAAGAACAUUGGCGCCAUUCAAGCGAUUCGUGAAAAUUACGAGGAUGCCGUGGAGAGUUACUGGGAGGCUGCAAACCUGGACGAUUCGGAUGUAACGCUGUGGUAUAGAAUUGGUACAUUAGCUAUGAAGACCUCCAAUUUGGAGCUAGCUUGCUCGUCGUUCAAGCAGGGCUUGAAAUGUAACUUUAAUCAUUGGCCGUGCCUGGACAACCUAAUUACUGCCUUAUUCGCUGUUCCUGAUUAUAUGAACUGUCUGUUAUAUAUUUCCGUGGCGUUGGAAAGGGAUUCUAAUUAUGUGAAAGGUCUGGCUUUCCGUGACAGGAUAUUCAAAGACAUUCCAUGUAUGGAAGAGUGUUACAAAUUGUACAAUAGCGAUUGGCAAUUAGAUCCACCUUUGGAUACCGAGUAUGAUCACAUAUUGGGUGACAAAUUAUUAGCAGAGGCGAAGGAAGUUUCGAGGAAGUGGGCAGAAGUUUCUAAAGUGGAGUUCACGCCGAAACCAUUGCCAGAAUUGACCUUAAGAUCGCCCUUAACGAGUUGCACAUGGUUGGCUCUCGGAGAAAGUCUACUGGACAUGCAUAGAUAUAUCACUGAAAACAAUUUGAACUUUGUUAGUAAAAUUGUAUUGUCAGUCCAGAAACCUGACGAUAAGAAUCCAGCAGACAAUGAGGAGGUGAUUAUAGAAAGUAAUGCAAGCAUAAUGGAAGUGGAUCAACAAACUGACUCAAUUCAAAAUGCGGAGAGUGAUGUCAAGCCUAUUAAAGUUGAAACGGAAGAUUGCGAGAUGUUGGAUGACAAUCAAGCUUUUAAUACAGAGACGGCAAUGGAAAUUGAAAUCGAAGAGGACAAAAAAUCCUGCUCAUCCGAUGUGCAAAUAGUCGAGGAUGAGGAUGCAUUGAGAAUGUCUGACACAGAUGGUUUGCAGUGUGAGGAACAAACUGAAACAAAAAACAUAGAAUCGGAGGAACAGAUGCACGCCGAAGCGAACGCAAAUAUCGAAAAGUCGGAGAGCGAAAAGAUCACAGAUGCAGAUAUUUACAGCAUGGAUAAUGGUGUGCCCAAUGAAAAGUCCAGCGACAAGGAAAGUGAUAAAUCAAGUGAUAAAGCUUCUGAGAAAGGCAUUGAAAAAGUGAGCGACACAAUGUGUAAGACGGACGAUAAAACUCAGUCGUCAGAGAAAACUGAUGGAAAGGAGGAGGGACAGAAGGUAAAGAAAAGACGAAGGAGUGCAUUAUGUUUUUUGCAACAGUGGGCCUGGAGUUGCAGCAGCAUGAGACGAUCCGCGAGAGUGAGAGGUUCGAAUAGAAGAGAAACAGAGAGGGACGAUGUUCAGUUAGAGGAAACACUCAGAAGAUUGUUUCCCAGCACUCUGUUACCUGACACGGUAAAAUUAACUAAAGACGACGUUACUAAAAAUCUCGAUGAUUCUAUGGAUACGAUGGAUAUGUAUCAAUUAUUUGCGAAUCAGGAAAAGAAUAAGAAUGCGGAAAUGGUCAAAAGCUCAGAAAGUUCUAAAUCUCCGAGCCCUGAUACAAGUCAAUCACAAAAAUACUUUGGGACAGAAGUGGAAACUGCCGAUGUGGACGCCUUUAUAAAUCAGCAUAGCAGUAAAAGUAAUUUAAUGAUAAUUAUCGCAAAAUUUGCCGAAUUUUUAUGUACCAAAUGGAACCAAGAAUGGCCGAAAGGAAUGUCGGAUAUUUAUCUACAAGCAUACAUCUUUAUGAGACAACAUAUUCCACAUUUAUCGCCAUUCGACGAAGACAUCAAUGACAAAGUUCUGAAGCUGGAUACCGAAGCGACAUUAUUGUUUGGUGAGCUUCAUACGGACAGAUGGCUGAAUAAUAAACCGGACACUUUACCAAGUCCAACAUUAGAUAAACUUGGUACUGGAAUGCCAGCGGAAGAAUUAGGACACAUAAUAUUUGCGAGCGUUAGGCAAGAUCUUCUAAGUGAAGAAAAUUUAUAUACGUUAUUGAGAAUUCUGUGGCUUAAAAGUAAUAUUUUUCUGUGCCAAGGUGAUAUCGACAUAGUCAUAGAAACAUUAGAACUGUUGCUGAACCGUCUGCACGAACUGGAAAGUAAAAGCUUAAAUCCAUGUAUUAUGCUUUUAAAUUGUAAGAAUAACUCUCAAAUUAGUGCCAAACUUGUAAAGAAAAAGCUCACGUCAAUCCAGAGAGGCCAGAAAUUAGGCGAGAUUCAACAUUUAUAUGAGGAAAAGAAAUAUGCGGAAUUAUCUUGCAUAUUGCAAGAUACUUUUAAAUUUGCGAAACAGAGACACAAAUUAUUGGUGACCAAUGAAAAUAUCGUCGAUAGGGUUAGACAAUUGAACAUGCUACUUGACAGCCUGUGGCAACUCAAACAAUACGAAGAAUGUUACGUUUGGGCAGAAGCUUGUCUGAAUGAAUCAUGGCAGAAUUACUUGAAUUCUUCUGACGAAACUGAGCAGAAGAAGUGGACAAGUUCUGUUGUAACGGCACUUGAGAAAUUGGAAGCUUGUACGAUCGAAGCCAGUGUGUUCACUGUAAAAUAUCUAUCAGAGUCUCGUCUAUCGAGAUUGGUACAAAAUUUAGUUCACAUUGUCUGUCAUCAAUUGGAUGUACCCGAAAAUGCCGUGGAAAUGCCAUUGGAGACUGUUCUACCUUGGAUUCUGUUACAUUAUAUUCUGCAAUACAAAGAAGAUAAGGAGAGAGCAAAGGUUGAAUCCCAAUAUAAAAAUAAAUCGCACAGUUCUCAUAAUUCCGAAUCGGAUGACGGUAUAGAUGAGGACGAUGGUAUUCCAGCGUCCAUUAUGAUUUUAUUCAUCGCUCACGAAUUUAUCGGUAGACAUUCGUGGUGUUGUUUUAACGAGGCAAAACUUCUGUUCUUUAUCAUGAAUCUCAUUAUACCACAACUCGAUACUCCUUUGUAUGUCUCUAUCAAGAAGAAGCUCACGAAAUAUUUGGAGCAGAUAUUCUUUUGCUUGUAUGGUCAUCCGAAUAGGGUAAACAAAAUGCGACCGAAAUAUCUUCAGGAUCACGGAGUACCGCAGAUGGAAUUAACUUGGGACGGAGCUCAACUGCUGUUUGAUUUUUACAAACCGAAACAGUUGCCGAACUUUCAAUCUCCUCGACCUCUUUCCAUCAGCAUGGACACAGAGAUACUGUUCAAAAGAAUAAUUAAAUUAGUUCCGCAAGAAAGCGAUCCGAAUCAAAUAGUGGAAGAAAUGACGGCGUACAUAGUCGGUACGAGAGAUAAAAUACCGAGCGUAAUGAAACCUUUACCACACUCGAUAUCUACGAUUUAUUAUUUGUUGGGUGAUUUUUAUUUCAAAAAUAAUAAAUGGGAACACGCGUGCCGGUAUUAUCUAUUAGAUUUAUGUUUGUAUCCAAAAGGAUUGAAUUCAUGGGCAGGUUUAGCUAUGGCGACAGGCAGCAUAAUAGAAACCUGGUUAAAUAGUUACAGACCUAUAGGAAAGGAUAAAUUUCUCAACAAAGCGAAGGUGGCACAGUCGAGUUACCAACAUGCCAUCGAGUUGGCGCCUGGUCACUCCGUAAUUUGGACAGAGUAUGGGAAUUUUGUCUACAUGGUUCACUCAUUUUGUUCGCGAUUGCUUAAACAGGAGACAGACACAUUAAGUAUGGAGAGGUUUGAAAUUUUGGAAACUAGAAAGGAAGAGAUGCUGGAGAUUGCAGAUCAGUGUUUUGAAUCUGCUAACCGAAUAUGUCAGACUAUUGAAGAACCAUCUAUACAGCACGAUGAAAGAUGGCUCUAUCAAUACAUGCUUGGUAAAGUCGCAGAGAAGAAGAAUCAGGAUCCUCCGGUAUUCUUAGAACAUUACGCAAAGGCUAGUGAAUUAUUAUAUGAGAAUAACGCUCAAUAUCCACGUAGAGUAAGCCAUAAGAGUCCACAAAAUUUAGCUAUAGAGGCUCUAGAAGUUCAUUAUCGCAUUCAUGCUAGUAUACUGAAAUAUUUGGAACAACACGAAGGAAAGCCAUUGAAGAAAUCAUUAGGUCAGUUGUUCCUUUGGCAUCUUAAAAAUUGCUCCGAGGGGCCCUUCAUGAAGUAUCAGUCUAAACUUAAUGAUAAGAAAAAAGAGGAGAACACCGAUGAGAAAAGUAUGAAAGAAUUAGAUAGUACAUUGGACACGGAUAAAAAUGUAGCAGUACAUCAACGCUCAAAUAGUAUUGAGGAGAUAGAAAUCAUAGAUAAGGCAAUCAAAAUUUCUGAUAUUAAGUCCAUAGAAUUAGGAAAGUCUGAGAAUCGUAAGAGAUCUCCCGACGAAUUAUCCCAUGACAAUACAAAGAGAAUAAAAUUAAGUAGUGUUUCGCACUUACAAUUAAUGCAAGACGUUGUAGCUUUAAUAGACGAUUUAAUUACCAAAGUUUGUGAUAUGGUAUCACAAAAAGACAAAACAAGCGAUGAUGUAAUGAUCAUAUCGAGUGAUGAAAGUAAUGAGUCAAAACUGCAAAAAAAGAAAUUAGAAAACAAAGGUAUUGAUAAAACGCAGACAAGAAAUACCGAAGAGAAUAAGAAAAACUCGAUCGACAUAUUGCCAGUCGAUUCUGAACAAAAGACUGAUAAUGUACAGGAUUUAAUGGACGCUCUUAUGAAACAAGCAAUGGAAAUUAGUCAAGAAACUCAACAAUCUUCAGCGGAUGAUGAGGAUACCAGAAAAUUUGAUGGCAAAUGGUUACAAAAUGAAGACUUACAAUCUACUGAGAAAGAAAAUAAAGAUAAAAUAGAAGAGAGGAAAAAAACACAAGCUAAUUCGAAUGAAGAAAUAACUUUGAGUAGGAGAGGCUCUCAAGAAAGUACCACGACUACACAAACCACAACUACAACUACCGAAACAAAUAAUUCAAGUUCUAGUAGUAGCGAAGAAUCUAGCAGUAGUUCUGAUAGUUCUGAUAGUGAUAGCUCUAGCGAUAGCGAUAGUGAAUCAGUCGAUAGCGACGCGGACAAAAAGAAGAAAGAUUCUAAUAACGCGAAAGACGAGGAACUGAUGCCAGAGGAAGAAGUAGCUACACUGAUCGCAUAUUGCUUAGCUGGUUUGGAACAGUGUAUACUGAGAUUUGCAGAACAUCACAAGUCGUUUUAUAGACUUUCACACUUCUUCUUUAAUAACAAAAAGGCAAAAGAUACCAUAAAAUGUAAGGAUCUCUUAUUAGGAACAUAUACUUGUCAGUUCUAUCCUGGACAAACUUUUCAAGGACUUUUUGUAGAGAGGAGGAGUACCAAUUUUUUUAAUGGAGUGUGGCACAUCCCGGUCAAUGAAAUUGACAGACCUGGAAGUUUUGCUUCGCACAUGUCGAAAUGCGUGACGUUACUCAUGCAAGUGUUAAAAGAAAGCAACGAUAGCCGAAUGUUAAUGCAACUGUGCAUACAGCUCGGAAAAAUUCCAGAUUCAGACAAGAAAUACCUACGUGAUUCUGAGAGAGAACAAUUAUCUCGACAAGCUCUGACACUUUGCCAACAGUCGCUCAGGAGCAGAGUUCAGGCGAUGGGCUCGACAAGCACAAUUGACAGUGUGCACCUCAUUAGAACGGAUACUAGAACACAAGUAUUACUUGAUGUAUAUGAGAUAUACCAACUUGUUCAGAAAAAUCUUCAGGGCAAGGAAUCAACCAUACAAGCGUUUGCGACAUUAUUGACAGAUACGUACAAGAUGUAUAUAGGAAAUAAAAAUUUGGAAGGAAACAUCUUGGAGAUUGCUAUUAAAUGUUGUCAACGUCAAAUACAAGCAAAUAAACUCGCAUCCAUUAACAGCAGUAAUAGCUCUCAUAUACCAUCUCAAAUCGCCUCGAGUAUUUCGGCUCCCGUGCCACAAGUACCGGUGAACUCGACGAUCCUGCAAACGCUGCAGAAUCGCAAACCGCAUAGAAAUCUAUCAUCUACCGGACGUCCGAGGGGACGUCCGCCUAACGUUAAUAAAUAUCUGCAUCAUGCUCUGCAACAAAGUAGCAAUGUAAUGGGCCAGUUUAGUUCCAAGAGUAACUUUGCGAAUUAUAUGGGUGCGUCUGGACCGAAUCGUUCUAUGAUAAAUCCUUAUUUCAUGAAUCCGUUAGUCGAUGCAAAUAUGUUAUCUGCUAUCCUGGCCAGCGGACUAAGCAGCAAUAUGAUGGAUCCUCUAGCAGCUAUGACUUAUUUGAAUCAAGUAGGAAGUUAUCAAGACAUUCUGAGGCAGUAUCAAAACAAUCUGUCGUCAUUAACUAAUCUUGCUAGCAGUUUAAACAAGGCUACUUCUGCUACCACUAUAAGUAGUACUAUAAGUAACGUUUCAACAAUGAAUACAUCCAGCUCAAACAUCAAUACUUCGAGUAACAUCUCUAAUUUAAAUAAUCCAAAAAGUACUCUGGAUUCUAUGUCUGUGCAACAAUUAUUGAGUUUAAGCAGUUCUACAGCAUCUUCGACUUCACGACCGACACCCAUGUAUCAUCAAUCAGUAGCUAAGACGAGCACGACUAUGUCAAUAACGAAAGAUCGACCUAACAUAUCUAUAACACCAGUUACCACUUCGAUGAUCCAGCAAUCUCUUCCUAAGACAAAACAGCCUGUUGUUAAGCAGCCUAGCUCGCAAACUGAAUCGGUGUUACCCGUCCACAUUCCCAAAUCGCUUCAGAUAUCGCCAACGAAACCGAUAUUACACUCGUCCAACGCGACGGCGCAGGUAUCCCUGCUCAAGCCGUCCAUUAUUCAACAAGUGAAAAGCAGCCCGCCGAAGCAGAUGAGCGCACCGCAGAUACGAGUCUCGAAGUCGUUGACCGAGCCGCAGCCCGCGCACAACCCGUCACUAUCUCACUCGCCUUUGAAAAAUAGUGGCAGUACCGUGACGACGAAUCCGACUGCGCCCAUGCCGCACGUCGCCCAUGCGUCCAUGAGCGCGUCUGUGAUCAUGAAACAACAGCAGGCGUUACCCAUAAACUUACCAAGCGUGUCGCGUUCCGGCACGUCGCUACAGCACAAGUUAUUGUCGAAAAAGAACUCCCAGCGACCUUACGCGACGCAAACGAACGUGCAGAGUCAAUCGAUGAGAAAGACGAAGUCAACGGUUAAAACGGCGGCGAUGACAGUGCCGAUGUCUGGCAAUUUUCCAAACCUAUUGAACGCAAUGCCACCGGUGAGUUCCUCUGUGAUGUCGCAAUCGCCUUUUAUACCUCCGGAAUUAAGCGGCAUUUCGGUAAGCCCUGUCGGCUCACAGCCCGGCGGUAGUGGUAUCAAAACCGCGACCGCAGGCGUCAAGUAUCACAGUUACAAGAAAUCUUCAGUCAGCAAGCCAAAACUGCCUGCGACGCCGGCAAUGCCAGAGGUGCCGAACUCCUUACCUACUUCGUUCUCUGCAGGCAGCUCCGUCGAGGCACUUUCAAUGCUGUCACAAUUACAACAGCACUCUCAUCUAGAAAUAAUACCACAACAGAAGGCACCAUUGAAGCCUAGCAUAGAUUUUUCGAAAACUCUCCCAUCUUCUGUGAGCAUGGUGCCGCCGAAGGUUCCAGAAACCUUGAGGCCGUCGACAACCACCGACUGUAUGUCCAUGUACGAUAUAUCCAGGGGAAAAACCGCCAAUAUUUCGAACAAAAAAACACAAGAUAAGCCUCUCACCGAUAACGUCGAAAUAAUAACACUGGAUGAUUAAAAGUCACUCAAGUGAGCCAAAAAUACGAACGUUCAGUGCAAUCAUUUGUAUUUUUUUUUUUAUUUUUUUUAAUAGAAAAUCUUGCAAAAUUUAUGUUACAUCGUUAAUUAUUUUUUGGAUUAAAACGACGAAUUAUGUUUGCGAUGAUGAUAUUUCAGUGGAAAAUAUUUUUAUAGUUAUUUUGUCGCAUUAGUUACGUUGUGUUGUAUACUGCGCGUCAACAAUUCGUCCCCUAGUGAGUUUAUAUAGGAUAUGUAACAUAAUCGUUGACGCGUAGUGCACAUGGUUUUCGUAUAAAUUUCAGAUUAUUUAAUUAGAAUGUAGAAAUUAAUUGCGUGUAAAAAUUGUCUAUCAAAAUUCUGAUGCGCGCGAAUUAGCUAUUUUAUACAAUGUAUAAAAUUUUUUUUUUAUAUUAACAGUCAGUUAUUUAAAAUAUAGAAUAUUAUUUGUGACAAAAAUAUCUUAGCUUUUGUAUAUAUAAAUAUCAUAUUUCUUUUUGAAAUUUUUAUAUAAAAUAACUCGUUUACAAUACAAAAUAACUCGUUUCUCUAACUUGAAUUAGUUGCUUUAAUUAAUCGUAUUUAAUAUAUUUAACAAAUAAUUA